CUAUGAAGCAAUCUUCUCCGUUCUUAUGAAUCGCUGAUGUAAGAGUCUCCGGCAGGGACUGGCGUUAAAAAGCUGCGUGAAGAUCGACGGAUUUUAGAGGAUACUUUUCUCCCUCUCUAACGAAUUCAUUCGGAGAUCAACGGUGAUUGGAUUGAUGGGGAAAGAAGAAGAUAGCAGUGAAGAGGUUUGUCUUUCUGGGAAGGAGAAAUGUAGUUCAGGGCAGCCUGAGGAAAUGUUGGCAAAUCUGAAGGUGUCCAUAAGAGAAUUGAGUGUGACAGUGAACGAACAGAAUCAGAGGAAAUGUGAUGUAAAGGAUAAGCUGCAGCAGUUGCGAGAAAGAAUAGUAGCUGAAGGUGUUGGUGUUUCACUCCAGGAGUUGAUUCCUCUUUUGAAAUCACUCAAGGAACUAGAAAAACAGGAAUCUGAAGUCCGGUCUAAUUGCAAUGCUAAGCGUUCUGCUUUAGAAGAUGCAGUUUGUGAUUUGGAGGAGAGAGUCGCAAAGGGGUCUGAUGGUGAGAUUCCUGAGGAAGAUUUAGAUGUUUUGUUGGUUGAUUCUCUCGAUCAUCUGACUUCAGCAAAGAAGGAGCUUGCAGCAACGCUAAGAGAAAUAGUGUCUCUGAAGCGGCAGAUUGAUGAUGUGCCAUGCCAAUCUGAACUCCUCCAAUAUGAAAGAAGAUUCUCAGAGCUGAAUGGCUGUAUUCAGGAGAAACUUCAACAAACGAGGAAGCUCUAUGGAACAUACAAUGCUCUUUUAGAAAUAAAAGAUUUGAUGCUAAAGGAGACAUCAUUAUUGAAUUCAAUAGGUUCACAGUUUCAAGACGUAAUUGGUACUUCUGCUGGCCGUGUGAAGCUAAUUGAUUCAAUGGAAGGAGUCAUGAAUGGAAUUCAACAGAAGUUAGGAAAGGUACAACAUGGGCUUCAAGAAGAGCAGAAAUUCUGUGAUACUUCAAAAGAAAAGUAUACUGCUGCAGCUGCAGAGCAAAGAAAAUGCAAUAAUGUACUACGAACCUUCGAGGAGGAAUGUACCAAGAAUGACAGUCUGAGGAGUCAAAUAUCUGCUGUAAAUACCUCCGACUCGAAAGAACGGAUUGAAUAAGGAUCUGAUACGUGAAUCGGAUCUCUGGUAUCGCGUCCCCUUAUGAUUAUACUUCCUUGAUGUUCUUUACCUGCAAAUCAUAUUUCCGUUAAAAGAUUCAAAGCUGACGAAACCCAAGAACAGUUGACAACUCUUAAUUUCGUUUACUCAUUUUGUUAAGUAACAAUGCAAAAUAAGUCUUGUUUACUCUACUCCACAGUUUAUUUGUAAGAAGGUGGCCAAACUUUCUCUGCU